UCCCAUUGCAUUCCUACGGUGCGAGGAAAGAUUGAUUUUCAUGAAUAGCAGACUGCUGGGGCCCACGCGCCGAUUACAAGCCGUCAGAAUCACUGCCGUCUUGCGUCCGACGAAAGCGAUAAAUAGGACUCGCAGACGAUGGGUAACGCCGAGGAGGAGUUUUCAGCUCGGCGGAAGAAGAGAACCAAAGAAGUAAUGGGGAGCGACGUUCCGUCCGUCGAGAUGAAGGGCGACGUUGGGUCCAUCGAGCAUAAAUCCUAUGCUCGGGUGGGGUUCCUGGGGAAUCCUAGCGACGUGUAUUUUGGCCGUACGAUCUCCUUUAGUCUCGGGAACUUCUGUGCGUCCGUCCAUCUGCAGCCGUCGGAUGAUCUCGUCAUCCAGCCUCAUCCAACGCAUGAUCUUGUCCGGUUCGACUCGUUGCACCAUCUGGUGAAUCGGUUGCAAAAUGAGGGUUAUUAUGGAGGAGUCCGCUUACUUAUGUCAGUUUGUAUGGUUUUCUUCAAUUAUUGUGCUGAGAACAAGAUUGAUCUAAAAGGUGGAAAUUUCACUCUAUCAUAUGAAACCAAUAUACCUCGCCAGGCAGGGCUUUCUGGUUCGAGUGCUAUAGUAUGUGCUGCCUUAAACUGCUUACUCGAUUUCUACAAAGUCAGGCAUCUGAUUAAAGUGGAGAUCAGGCCCAACCUCAUUCUUAGUGCAGAAAAAGAACUUGGAAUCGUUGCCGGGCUACAAGAUCGAGUUGCACAAGUCUACGGGGGGCUCAUUUACAUGGAUUUUAGCAAGGAAUAUAUGGAUGAUUUGGGGCAUGGAAUAUAUACGCCCAUGGAUACUAGUCUUCUUCCUCAACUCCAUCUCAUUUAUGCAGAAAAUCCAAGUGAUUCUGGGAAGGUACAUAGCACUGUUCGCAAGAGGUGGCUUGAUGGCGAUGAGUUUAUAAUAUCAUCAAUGAAAGAGGUUGCCGAUAUAGCAUUGGAAGGUCAGACGGUUUUGCUAGGAAAGGACUAUGCUAAACUUGCAGAACUUAUGAAUCAGAACUUUGAUCUUCGAAGGCGCAUGUUUGGGGAUGCCGCGCUUGGCUCAUUGAACAUAAAGAUGAUCGAGUUGGCUAGAAAGGUCGGUGCAGCAGCCAAGUUCACGGGCAGUGGCGGAGCUGUGAUUGCAUUCUGUCCAAAUGGGCCUUCCCAAGUAAAGCUACUUGAGGAUGCUUGCAAUGAGGCAGGUUUCAUUGUUCAACCAGCUAUUGUAGUUCCUUCUUUCCUUAAUGAUGAGGAUCUAAAAACCUUAUCUAAGUAGAAAUAAUAUGUGGGACCGCAAUAGUCUCUUUUCUC